UCUGGCUCCUCUUUAAAAAAACAAACAAACGUCCUGAGUGGAACCCAGGAGUCCUGCUGGUUGCCCACCGCCUUUUCUUCUCUCUCUCUCUCUCUCUCUUUCUCUCUCUUUCUCUCUUUCAAGAUCCCAGGAGUCCGAUUUUCCAGCCUGGCACGCCUCUUCUAGCCAAUGGCAGGCUGCGGCCUGUACGGGUGGUCAGCCGAAGCUCGUCGAUCCCUGCCGUGUCCCUAAGCCGGGUAGCCAAGCGGGCGCAACGCAGCCUGGAGGGGGGAGAGGCAAAGGAGGCCCCAGCAGCGGCUGAUCUUCAAACAUUGAUGGAUCCAUGGUAGCUGCCUAUCCUUGCUGGUUGCUGGAGCUGGAUGUGGGGAGCUGAGGUUGAAUGUGGUUUGACCAAGCCCUGGAUAGUGAGCAUGCGACAGAGGUUCUAGCUGUUCUGAGAGACGAAGCUGAUCCCUAGAGAUAGAAGACUUCUUCUAGACUGCACCAGUCAUGCCCCCCAACAAGGAUGCCCCUGGCUGCCUCAGCUCGCCUCCAGGUUUGAUCUGCUUACCACCCAUCUCUGAGGACCUCCAGCUGGUGUGGACACAGGCGGCACAAACUAGCGAUCUUGACGGCAACCAGCAUCUGCUCCAAACUUUCAGCUACUUCCCAUAUCCCAGCCUUUCUGAUCUGGCUUUGCUCUGCCUGCGUCAUGGCCUGCACAUGGAGAAAGUCAAGGCCUGGUUCAUGGCACAACGGCUACGCUGUGGCAUCAGCUGGAGUGCUGAGGAAAUUGAGGAGACUCGGGCUCGCCUCAUUUACCAUCAGGACCAGCUUCACUUUAGCUGUCUGCUUGCUGGGAAUGAUGGUGACCCCUGGCACCAAACUUGUAAGAAUCAGGAAUACCACCAACCGGUGCCUACCUCUGUGCACCACUCCAGUAAAUAUUCUCAGAACCAGCAAUCUUCUGUAACUUCCUUAAGCCACUGCACCACAGCCCAAGGAGUGAGGGAACUUGGGAAAAUUUGGGAAUUUCAUGUCUUGUCCCACCAUAGCAAAGCUCAGGAGAACUGUGAACCUUCAGGAACCUCUGUGCAUCUUCACAAUACCAAAGAAACCCUUACUAGUGCUUACCUGCCCACCACAACAACCAGCCUGGAUCACAGGCUCCAGAACUCUCACACUGUGGCCUGGGGUCUCACCAAAGCAUCCGUGCAGCCAACUGAACGCAUCACAUCUGCAGUGAAUGGUGGCCAUCACCCAGUGAUUCUUCCAGCGGGCUCUCCCAUCAAAGCUACUCCAUCCUCCUCGACAACUACAGCCAGCGUUGAGCCGUGCAGCCUUCAGAAUUAUCAGUACCCUGUGGGUGACCAGCAGCAGGCUUCAGGUUACCUCUCGGAUGUUCUUCGCAAACCUAGGCGAAAAACAAAGGAACAAUUGGAUAUGUUAAAGUCCUUCUUCCUUCGUUGUCAAUGGGCCAGGAGGGAGGAUUAUCAUCAGCUGGAGAAGAUCACUGGGUUACCACGAGCGGAGAUCAUCCAGUGGUUUGGAGACACUCGCUAUGCCCUCAAACAUGGUCAACUUAAAUGGUUUAGGGACAAUGCAGGACAGAGUCCAGAGACCAUCUCCUCAGUACCUUCUCAUCCACUCCAUGCCAGGCAUCCAGAUACAAGCCCAUUGGAGCGGUAUCGGGCAGCCCAUUUGCAGCUGCAGGAGAAUGACUUGCCAGCACUCUGUCAUGAGUCUGGUAUGGAGGCUCACCAGGUGCUGAAGUGGUUCCAUUCACGGUCACUGGAACCAUGUGAGGUAGAAGUAUGUUUGGGGGAUGAGGAUGAGGUAGAUGAAGAGGUGGCAGCAGCUAUGAUAAAAGUGGAAGAUGAAGACUAUGAAGAAGAUGAGGAUGAUGAUAAUGAUGACGAUGAUGAUGAAGACUGGACUGCCUAGGGCUCUUGUGUGGAUGCUAGAUGGAUGUUAGAGAUUCUGGGAUGGGUUUGGGGGAGGGAUUGAGACACAACUGGCAAAUACAUUGAGAGUGAGGUUCUAUUCCAUCAAAUUCUUGUCCAUGUCGAUGGCUCCAAAUACCAAAUUUGGCCUCCUUUUUUGUUCUAUUAUAUUUUUCCUUUUCCUUUGAGCUUUAGAAUUUAAGUAAAAAUAAUUGUACUAUGCAAUGAUUAUGUCCUUAUCAUAGAGUUUAAAGGGUGUAGGAAAGGGGGCUUCCCAAUUCCCUUACAAGUUCUAGAAUUCAUAGAACAAGGCAAUUCAGUAGUACAUUGGAUCUGGAAUAGUCUCUCUUAUCUAGCUUUCAAACUUCAUCCUUUUCAUUAUGCUCAUAGAUUCCAGAUUGGUUUCUUCCUGUUGUAUCUUUACUCCUUGGUGUUCUUCAGUGAUAAAGCUGAUACCUUCCCUCAUUUUAGAGACCUAGAACACAGAUGUAGCGAGGGAUACCUAGUGUAAAAAAACACUCAGUUCUGUUUAGUGUCACUACUUCCAACUAAUUCUUUGACUCCUACUUCUACUUUCCCCCUCAUUAGCACAGUGACAUGGUUUUGUAUUCAGGUAACUUGCUUCUUUCCUGAUUUUUCCAGAUCUUCACUUAUGGAGAAAUGUCAUUUUCAAAUUCCGUUCAGAUAACAUUGGACUUCUGGUUACUCUCCCAUAUAUCAGUCAUAUUUCAUUCUGCUAGAUGAAGCAGCAGCCCAGGGAACACAAUGAAAAAAAAUGUUUUGGCUUUACAAAUUAAGGCCCCUUUAUUGACAGAACAUAUCAGAGAAAUGGAAGCGAUACUAAACUCUUCUAGGCUUUUAGCUCUAAUUCAUUCCUCCUUGGCUCUCCUUCUGUUGGUUGUUGCUUAUGGACUUUUCUUUUCUUUUCUUUUUUUUAAUUGUGACCGUCCCAAAUUGACAGAUAUGAAUGUUUGAUUUUUGGCAGGUGCCAAACCAGGGUGGUGAUUAAGGAGCUGUCUGUGGAUCUUUUGUGUCCUAAUUUUGUCAUUUGUCUUCCCUUUUCAUUCCCUUCUUGCAUUUUAAUUGCCUCUUAUUCUUUGUACAGCUUCUAACUUUUCUUUAGUUCUUGAUUAUCUUCCUCCUUAGGUCUAUGUCAUUACAUUUUUCCUGGGCUCCCCUCCACUAGUGCCUUGAUCAUAUACUUAUCAUAUUGCAGCCCGUUUCUUUCUUCAGUGACUAUAUAUCCAUUCUGUACUAGCUGAUGCCAUGAACUGAAAUCCACCACUUUCCAUGCAACUUACUUGGAGAUGAGGUAGAACAUAGGGACCAUUUCCUUUAUGGAAGAAAUGGAGGAAGCAUUGCUGUUUGUAUGGCAUUUCUGUUCCAUUCACCAAGCCCAGACAUUCACUGAAACAUGAACCUGUUUGUUGUCACUCUUCCCCCACCCAAAAAAAAAUUUAUAGGGGAGCAUAAGCUACUGUAAACUCUCAGAAAUGGCCCUUGAACAUUUCUAAGGGAUUAUGGUGAAGGUGGAUUCUGGGAUUUAUGGUGGUAUAAGUAGGCAGAAAUGUACAAAUGGAUAUUAAUAUUCUGCACUUAAAAAGCUAUUUAUUAAAUCACUGUUGCAAACAUUUUUAUACAGUAUCUACAGAAAACAACCCCCUACCCUCCCACAGCAAGAAAAAAUAAAAACAGUGGAAUAAGGUAGUCAACUCCAUACAGAGAGAAAGAGACAAGGGGGGAAAGAACAAGUCACGCAGACUGUAUAAAUCUGUGUGAUACAGCACCAAGGCCACAACUUGUUCAAAAUGUAUUGAAGGAGAUAAUAAAACAGACUAAGGUAUGGACUUACUUAAAGUAGCCAUAGUCUUGUCUAAUAAAAAAUGAUAGCUUCCUUUUCUAUCUUUCCAAGGAAUGCCUGUGAUGUCCUCAGCCUGGAAAGCGAUCUUGGUUACAUAAACAAAGUAGUUCUAUAUUCUAUGCAAUUGGGAUCAAAAAGAUGAAUCUCUGAACUUUUCCACUGAGUUGCCAGUGGCUAAAAUGCAGCUGAAAACUUUAAAAAUACUUGCUUUCCUUUCAACAAAGGAAUCUGAUCACAAUCCUGGCAAGAUUAUUUUCGGAUCUGUGAGCUGUUUAAUGUGUUGUAAUGGACUCUGUUAGAAAGUACCACAGCCCAGUAAUACCAAGUCUUGAAACAACCCUGCCAAUAUAUCUGAUUACUUUUCCUCCAGCAAAGGACCCUGCAAAGAUUUAUUAUACCACUUAAGUCAGAUUGCAUAUUACAUCUCCUAAAACGAUGUGUUAUGUAAGAGAGAAGGAGAAGGAAUAUGCUUUUAGUGGAUGGCUUUUCACUCAUACCCCCCAAAUUAGCAGUUUAUGCAGGUCAGGAAAGACUAUCUUACCCUUGAUGAAGUUGGUGAGCGCAGAGUUGCUUUUGCCCUUCCUAUUAUUGGUGGUGUGCUUGGCUGAUGGAUGGGUGACUGUGAGAAAAUAAAAUGAGCUAGUUGCAUAGAACAAGAAUUCACACUUCAGUUACAAAUGCUGCUUACCACUCUGUUACGUUCAACAAAACUCUUUUCUAUUAGUGGUAAGUAAUACAUUUCAGCCUGUAUCUACAUUUAAUAGCCACUGGCUGAGGGAGCAGUCUAUAUCCUGUGCUGGGGAAGGACCUGACUUGGCUUGGCAGAAGGGGGGGGAAAGGUUUUUUGGGUGGGGUGACAGUACACUUGAUACUGCAAAUCCCAAAAGUUCAAAACAUUGUACUAGGGCCCCUAAAAACAAUAUUUGCAAAACUGAGCUUUAAAAGAAUUAGAUUUCACAAAAUAAUAUACUCUGACAUUCAUCAUCAUCAUCAUUCUUAUCAUCAUUGUCUUGUCUCUGUGACAAACCACCAUUUUCUUCGUAUUAUUUUCUUCAUGUUCUCUGCAAGCAUGUUGAGGGCUAGAUGCUUUUUUAAAAAACUAGCUUAAUUGAUGUUAGUAACCAUUAUUUCCUGCCUUGUGUUGCAAAUCUUUUGACAAAAGAAGUGGCCAUACCUCUAGACACGUAUGGAUUAUACUAUGGUCUUUUAAAUGUCUCAUGUGCUCUUUUGUUCCCCUAACCCAGGGGUCCACAACCUUUUUUGGCCCUGGGGCACACUUGAAAAUCUAAGAGAUGUCAUGGGCACAACAUCCAUUUCACAUUUAAAAAUCAUGCAAUGUUUAGAACCCCUUACCUCCUGUUCAUAGGAUCGCCAUAAGUCAGAAUCAACUUGAAGGCAGUACAUUUACAUUUUUACCUCAAAAACCAGUCAAAGCAUCUACACGCACACCCUCAAGCAUAGGCCAAACAGCAGGCAACACGAACACCAACAAACAACUAAAUGAAAAGAAACUGAAUGAGGCAGGUCAGUUUGGCAGGCACCAAAGGGGGUGCCAUGGUGCCCACAAGAACCACAUUAUGGCAGGGGGCACAGCCCUAGUUCUUGAUAGGAGGAUGACAAAAACCCCAAGUGUAUCCCACUUAGCUACAAUGAAUGGAUGGUGUAGAAUGAGGGUGAAUCUCAGCUGAGAAAACAGAAAUAAAAGCAAUUGUUCAAAAAACUCCUAAAAAAUACCUUUGCCCAGUCCAUACUCAUAUCACAAACUGCUUCUCACCUAGAUAGGAUGCAGCCUCUCAACAUUACAACUAGCACAGGGACUCCUGUCUGGUCUGUGGAUCAAAAAAUUAGGGAACUGAACAGCGGAGGGUGUAUGGUGGGAAUCUAGGUGCAGAAUGAUGUUUGUUAUCCCAACCUUUAGGCUACACUGUCUGUAAGUAAUCCUUACUAGAGUGGACUAUAAUGUGGACUGGUAGCAAUGUUGAGUACAGAAACAAAGGAGGGAUGGAAUAUGGAAUAAAAGAGGUCUGCUAGCAGCCAGGGUACUGUUCUCACCAGUGAAGAUAUUAAGGCUAAAGCAUGGUGUUUCUUGUUGCUGCCAGUGUUGUUAGCCCUCUGAUUUUGCCUCACCAUAGAGGGCUGUAGACUGAAGGCAUUUAUCCUGAGGGUGUGAGAAGUGGAGGGAGGAGCCCUGAAAGAAAUGAUGGAGAGGAGAUUGAUGGUGAGAAGUGCAAAUUAUAGUGACAGGCAAUACAAGCGCCAUGGCUAUUUCAUGGCCAUGUGAUGAUAGUAUCCUGGAGGGAACAUCAUCCCCCACUUUGAAAUUCACCUGUAGAAUACACUUUGAGUGGAAGCUGGAGAAGGAGUAGCUGCUGUAAAACAGAACAAAGUAUUAUUAAGCCUGAAACAAAUGUUGAAGAGUGCAGAAAAGUGAUGGGAGAAACAUGUGGGUAUCUGGGAAGAGUAAUGUAGAUCUCUUUGUGUCCAUUUGAGAAAGAGGACAAUUCCCCAUAUUGGAUACUGAGUAAGCUCUGUGCCUUUUGACUACAGAAGGGAUAUUAUGUUGCAGGGGCCUCUGUAUCUGAAACCCUGGGAAAGGAAUCAGAAGCUUGCAUUCUGCUAUUCCUAGUCUUCUGUUGCCACCUUGUGGUCUCUUGUAGUCUUUGUAGCAUAUCUAAGGAGGUUGAGUUCGUAAGGACGUGACAAGAGCCCUGCUAGAUCAAGCCAAAGCCCCAUCUAGUCUAGCACCCUAAACUCACAGUGGCCACCCAGAUGCCUAUGGGAAGCCUGAAAGUGGGACAUUAGCACAACAGCACUCUCCCUAUACUUGUGAUUUCCAGCACCUGGUGUUCAGAGACAUACCACCUCUGAUGCUGGAGGUACUAUGCAACUGUUAAAGCUAGCAGCCAUUGAUAGCCUUAGCCUCCCUGAUUUCAUCUAAAAUACAUUUUUAAGUCAUCCAUGUUGGCAACCAUUAGUACUACUGAUGGUAGAAAAUUCCAGAGUUUAAUUCCAUGCUGUCCUAUCAACAUUUAGAUUAAUUGGAACACACCCAUGGGUUUUAGUAUCCUAUGAGAGGGAGAAAAACUCUUUAUGUACUUUCUCUACACCAUGCAUAAUUUUACACAUCUUUAUUGUGUUCCAAUUUACCUUUUGUCUAGACUAAAACCCCAAAUGUUGUAACCUUUCCUCAUAAGGAAGUUGCUCCAGCCCCUUGACUAUCUUCAUUACCCUUUUCUGAACCUUUUCCACCUCCAGAGUUACCUUUUUAAGGUGUAGCCAGAACUGCACAUAGUAUUCCAAAGUACAGUUGCACCAUAGAUUUGUAUAAUGGUAUAAGAGAUUGGUAGUUUUAUUUUCAAUCCCUUUCCUAAAGAUUCCCCCAUAAAAUUCGUGUUUUUCACUACUGCUGAACCCUGGGUUGAUAUUUUAAUCAGUCUAUCCACUAUGAGCCCAAGGUCUCUUCUGGUCAGUCACUUACUGCCACUUCAGACUUCAUUAGCAUAAAUGUGAAGUUACGAUAAUUUGCCCCAAUGUGCAUCACUUUAUACUUGCUUGCGGUGAGUUGCAGUUACCAUUUUAAUGCCCAUUUAACCUAGUUUGGAGCCAUCCUUCUGGAGCUCCUCACAAUCUCUUUUUUGUUUUUGUUUUUGUUUUUUACUAUCCUGUACAAUUUGGUAUAAUCAGCAAACAUGGACAUCUUACUGCUCACCCCUAACUCCCGGUCAUUUUUGCACAAGUGAAAAAGCACAGAUACCAACAGUGAUUUUAGGGGACUAGUAUUGUGAAAAUAUAUCUCUGUCAUGCAAAUUGUUUAUUUAUUCCUACACUCUGCUUCCUGUUCUUUAACCAGUCACUGAUCCAUAAGAUCUUAUCCCAUGACUGUUAAGUUAGCUCAGGAGUUUUUGAUGAGGAACUUUAACAAAAACUUUUAAAACUCUAAGUAUACAAUAUAUUUAUUGACACACUGAAAGAACUGUAGAAGGUUAGUGAGCCAGGAAUUACUCAUGCAGAAAACAUGCUGGGUUUUCUUCAGCAAAAUUUGUUCUUUUAUAUGUUUGGUAAUUCUUGGUAAUUCUUUCUAUCAGUUUUCCCAGGACUGAUGUUGAGCUAAUUGACCUGUAAUUUCCUGGAUCCUCCCUGGAUCUUUUUAAAAAUGGUGUUACAUUGGCCACUUUCCAGUCCUCAGAUAGGCUGAUCUUUGGGACAAGUUACAUAUUUUUGUUAAAAGAUCAGCAGUUUCACAUUUGAGUUCUUUAAGAAUUACUGAGUGGAUGCCAUCUAGACCUGGUGAUUUCUUUGUUUUUAUUCUGUCAAUUAGGCCUAGAAGUUUGUAUUUUGUAACCACGAAUUCUCUCAGUUCUUCAGACUCCCUUCCUAAGAAAGUUAGUUCAGGCACAGGGAUCUGUUGUACAUCUUGUGCAAUGAAAAAAGGUAAAGGUGUCCCAGCACUUGUAGUGCGAGUCGUUUCCGACUCUUAGGGUGACAUCUUGCGACAUUUACUCGGCAGACCAUAUAUAUGGGGUGGGAUUGCCAGUUCCUUCCCCGGCCUUUCUUUACCCCCCAGCAUAUGCCGGGUACUCAUUUUACCGACUACCGAUGGAUGGAAGGCUGAGUGGACCUCGACCCCUUUUACCGGAGAUUCGACUUCCUCCUUCCGUUGGAAUCGAACUCCUGCCAUGAGCAGAGCUUCAGCUGCGUUACCGCCGCUUACCACUCUGUGCCGCGGAGGGUCUUUGUGCAAUGAAGACAGAUGCAAAAAAAAACCACAUUCAGCUUCUCUGCAGUCUCCUAUUCUUCCUUAUCAUACCUUUGAUUCUCUUGUCAUCCAAGGAUCUAACUGCCUCCCUAGCUGGUUUCCUGCUUCUAAUGUGUGUAAAUAAUUUUUUAGCAUUAGUCUUAAUGAUUUUGGAGAUGUACUCCUUUAAUUCCUUUUUUAUACUCCUUAUUGCCUACUUGAAUUUAUUUUGCCAAAUUUGACGUUCCUCUGCCUUUUGCCUGCAGUUAUGCCUUGCAAUUAGUAAAGUCAGCUAGGGUCAUCCUGGUGGAUCCCAUUAUAUACUGGGUAAAAGUGAGAGAGAUCUCAUAUUUAUUAUUAUUUAUUAAAGUUCUCAAAUUGGUUUACAUGGUGAAAUAGGGCAACAAUUAAAAUAUUAGAAACAUCUAAAUCUUACAUUACAGAUUAAUCUGGACUCAUUCUUAAUGUGUCCUGUAGACCUUAUCAGACAGAUGAUAUUAGCAGCUCCUGGGGACUCUGUGGAAGAGGCUGUUGGAGGUGUAGAGGAAAUAAAUAUAUCAAAGUCCCCUCCCCAUCCAUCUUGUUGUUGUUCCCUCGGUGAGCCCUGGGAAUAUAUUAAUUACAGAGCACCUGGAUAACACAAAACAUUAGUGUGCAAGGAGGGCAAGGGCUUCUCUUCUCCUUGGGCAGAUGGUAUCAGGGGCUCCUGGCUCUCAGAACUUCUUAUGACACUUUGAGUUUAUAAGGAAAAACAACAUAUCCAUUCUAUAUUUUCCUUUUCUAGAGAAGUGAUGUAACAAAAGCAAUUAGGAGCUAUAAUGCAAGGUCUGAGAUGGUGAUAUCAAUGAGAUUAAAUGGGAAACCUAUUAACAUAACCAUCAUCCAAGUCUAUACUCCAACGGCAAACACUGAAGAAGAGGAAUUUGAGAUAUUUUAUGCAAAAGUACAGGAAGAAAUUAAUCACACAUUAAAGCAAGAUGUUGUCAUGAUCAUAGGGGCUGGAAUGCAAAAGCAGGGAACAGAGAAAAACUAGAAAUUGUGGGGAAAUGGGGCUUAGGAGAUAGAAAUGAAGAAAUGGAGAUAGAAAUGAAAACUUAUUAAAUUCUGUGAAACCAAUAAUUUGUUUCUUGCAAACACAUUUUUUGAUCAACCAAAAAGAUGACUGAACAAGUGGACAUCACCAAAUGGUCAAUAUAGGAAUCAAAUUGAUUAUGUAAUUGUUAACAGAAGAUGGAGAAGUUCCAUACUUUCUGCAAAAACCAGGAGCAGACUGGUACAGAUCAUGAACUGGUCAUAUUAAAAAUCAGAGUAAAGCUAAAGAAGAACAAAGCAAUCAUAAUACAAAAAUACAAUAACAUCCCAGAAGAAUAUAAAAAUCAAAUAAGGAACAGAUUUGAGGCUUUAAACCUAGCUGAUAGAGAACCAGAAAAACUAUGGAUUGAAGUCAGAGGCAUUAUCAGGGAAGAAUGCAGAAAAACAAUACCUCUAGUUAAAAAGAGAGAAAGACCUCAAUGGAUGACUGAUGAAACUCUUAAAAUGGUUAAAGAGAGAAGGAAAGCAAAAGAAGAUAGAAACACGGUCAGAACCCUAAAUGCAACAAUACAGUGACUAGUACAGAGAACUAUUACAAUGGUUAUUGUAUAGAAGACAACAAAAAGGGUAGAACAAGAGCCCUAUUCCAAAAGAUUAGAGAAAUUAAAGGGAAAUUUAAACCAAGAGUAGGGAUGUUGAAUAAUCAACAGGGGAACACACUGACUGACCGAGAUAAAAUAAAAGGAAGAUGGAAGCAAUACACUGAAGAAUUAUAUAAAAGAGACGCAAGAAUGACAGAUGAUGAAGAACCACACAUUUUAGGUGAAAGUCCUCUUAAACGACUUGGAAUAAAUAAAUCACCAGGAACAGAUGGAAUACCAGUAGAAUUGCUACAAGUUACUGAGACUGAAUCUGUCCAAAUUUUGACAAAAAGUUGUCAACAAACAUGGAAAACUAAACAAUGGCCCACAGACUGGAAGUGUUCAAUAUACAUCCCAAUUCCAAAGAAAGGGGAUCCCAGGGAAUGCAGUAAUUAUCAAACUAUUGCCUUAAUAUCCCAUGCAAUUAAAGUAAUGGUCAAGAUUCUACAACAAGGGCUCUUACCAUAUAUGGAGCGAGAAAUGCCAGAUUUCCAAGCUGGAUUUAGAAAAGGAAGAGGUACCAGAGGUCAUAUCGCAAACAUACGUUGAAUAAUGGAACGGACUAAGGAAUUUCAGAAGAAAAUCACCCUAUGCUUUAUAGAUUACAGCAAAGCCUUUGAUUCUGUAGAUCAUGAAAAACUAUGGAAUGAUUUAAAAGAAAUACUCUGGACAAGAGGCUACUGUAAGGACAGAGUAUGGAGAAAGUGAUGGUUCCCAGUCGGAAAGGGUGUGAGACAGGGGUGUAUUUUAUCACCCUAUUUGUUUAAUCUAUAUCCAGAUCAUACGGAAAGCGGGAUUGGACCAACAUGAAGGAGGUGUGAACAUUGGAGGGAGAAAUAUCAAUAAUUUAAGAUGUGCAGAUGAUACCAUACUACUAGCAGAAACCAGUAAUGAUUUGAAACGAAUGCUGUUGAAAAUUAAAGAGGAAAGCACAAAAGCAGGACUACAGCUGAACGUGAAGAAGACUAAAGUAAUGACAACAGAAGAUUUAUGUAACUUUAAAGUUAACGAGGACAUUGAACUUGUCAAGGAUUAUCAAUACCUUGGCACAGUCAUUAACCAAAAUGGAGACCAUAGUCAAGAAAUCAGAAGAAGGCUAGGACUGGGGAAGGUAGCUACAAGAGAACUAGAAAAGGCCCUCAAAUGCAAAGAUGUAUCACUGAACACUAAAGUCAGGAUCAUUCAGACCAUGGUUUUCCUGAUCUCUAUAUAUGGAUGUGAAAGUUGGACAGUGAAAAAAGCAGAUAAGAGAAAAACCAACUCAUUUGAAAUGUGGUGGUGGAGGAGGGCUUUGGACAUACCAUGGACUGCGAAAAAGACAAAUAAUUGAGUGUUAGAACAAAUUAAACCAGAACUAUCACUAGAAGCUAAAAUGAUGAAACUGAGGUUAUUAUACUUUGGACACAUAAUGGGAAGACAUGAUUCACUAGAAAAGACAAUAAUGCUGGGGAAAACAGCAGGGAGUAAAAAGAGGAAGACCAAACGAGAUGGAUUGAUUCCAUCAAGGAAGCCACAGACCUGAGCUUGCAAGUUCUGAACAGGGUGGUUUAUAACAGAUGCUAUUGAAGGUUGCUGAUUCAUAGGGUUGCCAUAAGUUGUAAUCGACUUGAAGGCACAUAACAACAACAAUAGGAAAAGGAGAGCAGUGGUGGGGACUGACUUGCCAGUUUGAUAGGUGGCUGGCUCUGGAAGAGAUGGAGUCCAUGAAAGAUGAGUGACUAUGGAGAACAGAGGCAUAAAAAGUCCAGGAGUCAUCGGUGGAAAGGUUAGUUAGGCAAGCAGACAGAUAAUAAUGCACGGCCUCUAUUAAGAAGUUUAAACAUAGAAUUCAAAUGUUGAUGUUAGGGUAAUGGACAGAGGAGGGGUUAUAGCUAGACGUGUACUGUGGUAAUGGUUAGAACUUUGCUUUACUGAAAGUGGAAAAAAUAAACAGAAGUUCCUCUGGAAUUCUGAGCAAGCUUCUGCAUUCUUUGGUAUUGUGUUUACAACAAUGUGUUACAUCUAUAACCAAGAAUAAGAAUUUCCUGAUGCACCUAUCUGACCACCUCACUGGAGUGCUGGAAAAUAGGUUGUGGUGUAACUGCAAAGUAUGAAAUAGCAGGUUACUGUGUGCAGAGAGUAGUAGUCUACUGUGCUACAGAAAUAUAUGUUGGUCGGAGUCAUAAGGAAGCUCCUACAGGUGACAGAAGGUAGUAAAUACUCCUUUCCUCAAGGGCUAAAAAGACUUGUGCAAACCUUUACCCUGAUUUUACAGAUAAAUACUUGAGUAUAUGUUUGUACUUGUUUUUUCCUCUCAGGAAAACACAUGUAAUGUACAUGUGCAAAUGCAUUUUAAAGUCAGGUACACAUGCAUUUAUUGCUAUGUGUUCAUGGUCAGAACAUGUGCACUCACAUGCUCAUCCACAAAAAGAUACACUGUGAUGUGAACUGUUGCUCAGGGGCUUUGAUGCAUGCCUAUAGGGGCCCAUCUUUCUACCUAUCUGUUUAUGAUGGGGGUAUGAUGGUAACUGGCCUUGGGGUGCUGUUUCUGCAGCAAAUUAAAAUGAAUUUUGUUCAGCCAGGGACAAAACCACAUGACCAUACCCCAGAUUUUUGCUGAACCCAGCUUCCUUGUUCUGGCACAAAGAGACCUUCCUACUGCCUACAUUGCAUGUGCUGCAUCUCCUGAUUAAUAUCCCAAAAGGGCAGAACAGGUAUACUGACCUGUUACCCUGGUGGUGUCUUGGAAAAGCCUGUUGAGAGAAAAGGGAGGAUUUGCGGGACCUGUAAGCGCAUUAAAAAAUGAAGCAAUUAUUAUUAUUAUUAUUUAAAUUUAUAUCCCACACUUUCUCCUAAAGGGAGCUGAGGACAGCCAACAGAUGAUAAAGCUCUAAAAACAUCUCUUUCCCCCUCCAACUGCAUAGGGAGCAGAACUCAUUCCUUCCAGCAGAUGGUGUCAGAACUUAAUAUCAGAAUUGGUUUCCAGCAAGCAGCUCCUACCUUCAAGCUGAGAUACUUUUUCUUCAGUUCCCUGUUCUCCUUCCGUAUUGUUUCCAACUCCCUAAGGGGGGGGGGGAGAGAAAUGUAAGUUAGGCAGUUUGACUAAUCAUUUGCCACUGAAUAUUCCUCCAGUUCCAGUUUUGACCCUUUAGGGGACCAUUUUGGUGGAGAGGAGAGAUGGGAUGUCUGUCACUGGGGGUCAUAUAAACCAGUAGUUCCACUUCAUAUUAAUAUGUUCUAAUGUCUGGUAAUUGAAAUUAGAAGGCAACAAGAGUAUGAAGUCUUUUUUUGUUAACAACAACAACAAAAAGAGUACACAUACUUAUCCCCAAACUGUUGCUUUAUGUUAAUAACAUUUUCAGGAGAGCCCACUCCACCCCUUACCAAGAUUCCUUUGUCCAUCAAAAAUAAAAGAGCCUCUUACAAAUUAAAUUCAAGAAUAUUUCGUAUGUCUUCAUUGGUACAUCUUUCCUUUUUUGGAGUGGGGAGGAACAGUGCAAAAGUUAGGGAUAGCCUCUUGAUUAUUAUUACUACACUGUUCCUUGAUAGGUAACGCAUGUGGUUCUUCCCCUUGCCCUCACCUAAUUUUAUUCUCACAACAACUCUGAAGUAGGUAGGCUAAGAAAUAGUGACUGGCCCAAAAUCACCUACUGAGCCUUGUGACAUAGGGAUUUGAACUUGGGUCUCCUAGUCCUAGUUCAACACUACCCUGGAUGGCUGUACUAAACCCUCCAGACAUGACAGUUUGCCUUUGUUCAUGUGAACACAACUUGCAUUUCUCACUUUUCCUGGAUUGUUAAUUUCUGGUGAGCUUUCUGAAGAGCUCCUUUGGCUCUUGAAGUGCUGUGUUUGUAGAAAGAAGCCAGCAGCUCCACCUGGCCCUCCUGCAACAUCCACACCUAGAAAGAAAACCAAAGGGAAUGGAAUAAGAGGACUGAAAGAUAUGCGUUCUCAUGGUAAGAUUUGCUUUCAGAGAUCAGAAAUGGAAUGUGGGUCCUUUCAGCUCUAGGGAGCAUACUAUGCAGAAGCAGCAUAGCUUCAUGUUAGAGCAUUUCCCUGGCAUAUAGAUGGUCACAGGCAAUGAAGACUGGUUCAUUAGGGGAAAUAGGGCACUGCCCUACUACUAUCAGUCUGUACCCAGCUAACCCCCCUUGCCUAUCUCCUUACUUACAACAACCAGUCCAGGGGAUGGCACUGACUGUCAGCUUCCUCCUCUCAGUUUUGCCCUUGUAGAACUCAGCAGGGGGAGGAUGGGGAUAAAAUCAGAAUACGUUGGCUCUAUUUGUCAUUGUCUCAUGGUCCACUUAUGGUUGGCCUCUCUGCUUUCUGCCCCACCAGUCCCAAUGGGCACCAGUCACCACUGGUUGCAGCUUCAAUUCCUACCAAUCAGAGCAGACAAGAUUGGGCUAAAUGGACAAAUGAUCUGACUUAGUGUAAGGCAGUUUUGCAUGUUCUCUCUUUUAAUAUGCCUUCAGUCAUAGGAGUGAACUUGGGACACAUACAUUAUAUUGAGCGAUUCAGAGUUUGUGUUAAUGCUUUUUAACUGGGGGAAAUUAAAAAGCAACCUCUGGGUUUGCUAGAGGAAGCCUCUAGAAAGGAAAAAUUACAGAAAAAGGCUAACAUCUGUAUAGCCUUUGCUUGCUAACAUCAUGGGGUAUAUAAGAGAUAAGUACAGUAGUGAAUUUCUACUUGUAACUACUGCGAUUUAUAGUGCAAUAUAAACAGUAAUAUAAACAGUAACAACUUGGGGAUAAAACAUGUUUCAAAAUGUUGCAGAAAUGUAACAACUUCAUAGACGUCUGUAGCAGUGGGUAUGCAAAGCUGUGUGGGCAGGGUGGGGCAAGAUCAGAAAUUGAGAGCUACCUGAUAUUAAUCUACUUGAAAUACAUUUUACUGGGUACAGAGCCUUCUUCAUUGUGGCACCCUGUUUUUGGAAUUCCAACCCAUGGGGGGCUUUUCUGGCAUCUACACUGCUAUCUUUUCAGAAGCAGAUGAAAACCUUUUUAUUAUCAUAGGCAUUUUUAAUCUUUUCAGUGUUAAAAUACUCUCAAUGCUGCUGUUUUAUCAUUGUUUUGUUUAAUUUUAUUGUUAAUUGUUUUUAUGUUUGUAUACCACCCUAGGAAUGUUUUUGUUGAGGGUGUGAUAUAAUAUUUUUAAAAAUAAAUACCUUAACUAUUGUCAAUUUCGUCUGCAGUAGUAGCCACCAAAGAGAGGCUCCUGAGAAUCCCCUUCCCAGCCAUGCUUCUUUCUUUCGAUCCUCUUAAUACAAAAAAGCAUCAUAAAGGAGACUCUGAACAACUGCCACCCCAACACCUACAGCUAGCUUUAAACACAUAUAAAUGGGAAGCAGCCUCUUGCCAUCUCUAGCAAUUUCCUGGGCUGCCAUAGAGUGACUUGCGUUAUUCAGAAUGGCAUAUAGCGCUACAAUAGCUGGUAUAGCACAGUGGGGAGGAGAGUCUGGCUGGGAGUCCAAAGUCUGUGAGUUCAAAUCCCCGCUCGUGUCUCCUGGGCAUCAAGGGCCAGCUAAAGACCACCCCCACAGGGAGUGGCUCGGUUACGUGCCCUGCCACCUGUGCAGCUGUGGGCAAGCUGCAUAGUCCCAAGGAGCCCAGUUGCCCCUCAGCUGGCAGUUGCGGAAAAGGAAGGGGCUGGCUUGUGCAGCUGUGGCAAGCUGAGUAGGCCCUAGCCAGCUGGGGAGGACUAGCCUCAGAGGGAGGCGAUGGUAAACCCCCUCUGAAUACCGCUUACCAUGAAAUCCCUAUUCAUAGGGUCACCAUAAGUCAGGAUUGACUUGAAGGCAGUCCCAUAGCGCUGCAGCUUGUUGGACAUGGGCUGAGUAGUUCUGCUCAUUCUCCUGGUUGUGACCUGUAAUUUUAAGAACAGUUGCAGACUUUUCCCCACUCCACCAGAGGUUUGUAUAGUGAGAAAACUGAUAACUGUGAUUACUAAAUGGACAUAAUAGGAAGCUUGGUUCCUGUGGAAAGAAGCACACCACCUCUCUACCUCUAAAGGACCCUGCCCCCCCCCCCCGCUCAGUGCCAAGACUAUCUUGCUCAGGGGAAGGAGGUUGGGACAGUGAUUACCAAGGUUUGUGAGAUAUACAUGAUAUGGCAAGCCUGGCAGAUUUUAAUUAUCAGGUGCUGCUGAUUCUGCUGAAAUUCUCUUUGAUUAUUAACUAGCUUGUGCACAUAUUUAUCUGGCUCAUUUAUCUAGAUUUGUUAUCGUAAUUAAUUAGCAAUGUUGGCAGUGAGGACCACCAUUAUUAUUAACCCUUCCCCAGAUUGGUUAUUAACUUGCCCUAUAACUGACCUUGGAUUUAUCCCCACCCCCAUAGCCCCAAGUCAUUAGAAAUGGGGGGAAAUGUAACUUCAUUUCAAAGGAAAUGGCUGGUUUGUUAAGCUGGGGAAUUGUUACUACGGCUGCUUCCAGACUGUUGGGGGAAUGGGAUUCAGUUGCAUACUGGCAAAUUCAGGUUGUGUAAUUAAAGUAUGUGGUGUUCAUGCACAACAAACCCACUUUUAAAAAACCAGACUUUUUGUGGAAGGGAAAAUGAUGGGAAAAUGCACUGAAAAUUGUGAGAUAAUUGCUUAAUAUGAUGUUCUGUGUAACCUGGCAAACAGAAUGAAUGCUCAGUAAAAAGUGAACUUCAUAUAUCCUCCCUGCAAACUUUGUACAAACAGAUUAGGAUAAAUGCUCAAU